CGGGCCCUUGGGUCCUUUCCCCUGCCCUGUUUCUCACAGGAAAAGGCAUGGUGUCCCUCAAUGGUCACUGUGGACCUGUGGCCUUCCUGGCCGUGGCCAUGAGCAUCUUAGCCCCUGACAUUCUGCGGAGUGACCAGGAAGAAGCAGAGGGCCUUCGGGCUGAGGAGGACAAGCCAGAUGGCCAGGCUCAUGAACCGGUGCCCGGGCCAGACAGCCACACGGGCCGAGAGCUGACACGCAAGAAGGGUAUCCUGCUCCAGUACCGCCUGCGCUCCACGGCCCACCUCCCGGGGCCCCUGCUGUCAGUGCGGGAGCCAGUGCCCACUGAUGGCUCAGCACUGGAACAUAGCGAGGAGGAUGGCUCCAUCUAUGAGAUGGCUGAUGACCCUGAUGUCUGGGUGCGCAGCCGGCCUAGUGCCCGGGAUGCCCACCGCAAGGAGAUCUGCUCUGUCGCCAUC